AUGAUUCACUCAGGCGCGUGGGCUCGACUUGGGGUGACUCUAUUGCUUGUCGCCGCGACCAUCUACUUCAAUGUCACACUCUUUGACACGGCAAAGAAGGUUGCAGCAGCGAGACGCCUAAGCACGAGAAGACACAACGAGAAAUCGAGACAGGAGUAUACAUGGAUCGGAAGUGACUUCCCGAGAUAUCUCCCGGUCGAUGCAGGUCCCGUCAAGAUGGUCGCCGAAGAGUCCAUCCACUACUCGUUGACGAACCCAGAAGCAUACGAGGAAUGGCUAUGGACAGCGCCCCUAGUGGGUGACAACCACGUCCGUCUCGGUCCCGACAAGCGCAUGUUCGCAGUACCGAUGUUCCACGAGCUGCACUGUCUACGCAACAUGCGCUCCGCGAUGGAGGACGGCCUUGCCACCCUAAACCCGGUCUAUCAGGGACACAUCCACCAUUGCUUCAACUACCUCCGCCAGUGGACGCUUUGCUCCGCGGACGUAACACUGGAACCAGGUGAUUUCACGACGCGCAACUUCUCGGCCGAACGGGUCGGAGGGACGUAUGAGUGUGUUGACUGGGUGCCAGUGUAUCGCAUGGCGGAAGAUAAUUGGGAUAGCUGGGAGCGGUUUAGAGACGAGCAUGGAUUGUCGGACGCCUUGCCUGUCGAACGUUGAGAAACCAAAAGUCGUCGUAGGGGUUUUCAGUCGUUCAAAUAUACAAGCAAUGUUCGCAGC